AUGGAACGCUCUUUCGGUGUGCGGAAAGGAGCAUGGACUAAAGAGGAAGAUAUCCUUCUGAGGCAGUGCGUUGAGAACUAUGGAGAAGGAAACUGGCAUCAAAUUCCUCUCAGAGCAGGGUUAAAUAGAUGCCGGAAAAGCUGUAGAAUGAGGUGGUUGAACUACCUAAAGCCAAAUAUCAAGAGAGGAGCCUUUGCCGCAGAUGAAGUUGAUCUAAUUGUCAGGCUCCGUAAACUCUUAGGCAACAGAUGGUCACUAAUUGCUGGUAGGCUUCCAGGAAGAACUGCUAAUGAUGUGAAGAACUUUUGGAAUACACACCUAGUCAAGAAGGGAGUUUCUAGCAUUAAAGACACGAAAGAAAAAGGACAAGGCAUUGUGAAAGUGAAUGUGAUAAAACCUCGACCUUGGACUUUCUCCAAAAAAUUGACUUGGUUAAGUGGGAAACCUACAACUGCAGAAAGCUUUAAACCAGAGGACAAUGUGAGCAACAUAUCUCCAGCGUCGGAAAGUAGGAUUAAGUGGUGGGAAAGCUUGUUAGAUGACAAGGAAGGUGAAGGAAGAGCCACAUGCUCCGUAAGUGGGUUAGAUAAAGAGCCCGACAGAGAUCUUUCGGCGGAGAAAAUAGCACCAGAAGCAAAAGUUUGGAACACUUUUGAUGAGGAUGAUCUGAGUUUCUUGGCUGACUUUUCUUUUGACAUGAGCCUUUGGGAUUUUCUCAAUGCUGACCAGUAA